CUAAGAGGCCCUGAGUCUCAGUGUCCGGGCAAUCGCUGCAAGCACCUCUGAGAGAAAGCCGCCCUCGAGAUGCGAACGAUGCCAGACAGUCUGGCCUCUCCCCGCAUCAGUCAGGGUCCCCAGGGACUCGCCCGGAACUGGAGUUCAGAGCAGCAGGGAGUUUGAGACUCCCUCCCGAUUGAAAAAGCCAACCGUGUCCUCAGCCGCCAGCCCUUUCCGCAUCCGCCUCCGUACCUGUGCACUUAACUUCCGCAGCUCCUCUGAGUCCCGUAGCGGGUGAGAGACCAGACGCCUGAGGUGGGAACACACCUGCCCUCGGCCAAAGGCGCCAGGUCCGGAGGCCGCGAUGACGCCGAGCCCCGCGCUGCUGCUGCUGCUGCCGCUGCUGCUGCUGGGGGCCCUCCGGCCGGCCGCCGCCGCCCGAGGCCCCCCGAGGAUGGCCGACAAGGUGGUCCCACGGCAGGUGGCCCGGCUGGGCCGCACCGUCCGGCUGCAGUGCCCCGUGGAGGGAGACCCGCCGCCGCUGACCAUGUGGACCAAGGACGGCCGCACGAUCCACGGCGGCUGGAGCCGGUUCCGCGUGCUGCCCCAGGGCCUGCGGGUGAAGGAGGUGGAGCGGGAGGAUGCAGGCGCCUACGUGUGCAAGGCCACCAACGGCUUCGGCAGCCUCAGCGUCAACUAUACCCUCAUCGUCAUGGAGGACACCAGCCUGGCCAGGGAGAGCCCAGGGCACGAGGGCUCCUCUGGGGGCCAGGAGGACCCAGCCAGCAAUCAGUGGGCACGGCCCCGCUUCACGCAGCCCUCCAAGAUGCGGCGCCGGGUGAUCGCACGGCCCGUGGGCAGCUCCGUGCGUCUCAAGUGCGUGGCCAGCGGGCACCCGCGGCCCGACAUCAUGUGGAUGAAGGACGACCAGGCCCUGACCCGCCCCGAGGCCAGUGAGCACCGCAAGAAGUGGACGCUGAGCCUGAAGAACUUGCGCCCCGAGGACAGCGGCAAGUACACGUGCCGCGUGUCGAACCGCGCGGGCGCCAUCAACGCCACCUACAAGGUGGACGUAAUCCAGCGGACGCGGUCCAAACCCGUCCUCACGGGCACGCACCCCGUGAACACCACCGUGGACUUCGGGGGCACGACCUCCUUCCAGUGCAAAGUGCGCAGCGACGUGAAGCCGGUGAUCCAGUGGCUGAAGCGCGUCGAGUACGGCGCCGAGGGCCGCCACAACUCCACCAUCGACGUGGGCGGCCAGAAGUUCGUGGUGCUGCCCACGGGUGACGUGUGGUCGCGGCCCGACGGCUCCUACCUCAACAAGCUGCUCAUCACCCGCGCCCGGCAGGACGACGCGGGCAUGUACAUCUGCCUGGGCGCCAACACCAUGGGCUACAGCUUCCGCAGCGCCUUCCUCACCGUGCUGCCAGAUCCAAAGCCGCCAGGGCCCCCCGUGGCCCCCUCGUCCUCCGCCACCAGCCUGCCGUGGCCCGUGGUCAUCGGCAUCCCGGCCGGCGCUGUCUUCAUCCUGGGCACCGUGCUCCUGUGGCUCUGCCAGGCCAGGAAGAAGCCGUGCGCGCCCGUCCCCGCAGCCCCUGUGUCCGCACACCGUGCACCCGGGACCUCUCGCGACCGCGGCGGCGACAAGGACCUGCCCGUGUCACCGGCCCUCGGCACCGCGGCCAGCGUGGGGCUGUGUGAGGAGCUCGGGGUCCCAGCGGCCCCCCAGCACCUGCUGGGCCCUGGGUCGGCUGCCGGCCCCAAGCUUUACCCCAAACUCUACACAGACGUGCACACGCACACACACACGCACACGCACUCACACACGCACUCGCACGUGGAGGGCAAGGUCCACCAGCACCAGCACAUCCACUACCAGUGCUAGGGGUGCUUCUCUGGGGGCCCCUGGCGCACAGUGGGGGUGGCGGGUGCCACGGGGGGAGGGGUACCUGGAGGCCUGGCCAGGUGGGCAGGCUGAGCACUGAGGCUGUGGGGGAAGGUGCACAUGAGGGUGCACUGGGCGCCCUGUGCGAGAAACACACACCUGGACAUGUGCGCAUGCACACACACACACAUAAUCACACACACAGUCACAUACACAGGCACACACACAGGCACACACACAGUCACACACAGUCUCUCACACACACACACACAGUCAC